CACUUAGGCCACCACACCAACUUCUUUUGUCUUGUACGCCAACCGUCCGGCACUUGAAACCCCUUGCUCCCUUUUGGGCUGCGACCAGGAUCCGGACAAACACUUACAAAUCCACCCUGGACGGACAAAAAGACAGAAGAAGCCAAGUCACCCCCGAGUCGAGGAGACCGAAAAAAAAACCUGCGCCAGAUCUUUGACACCUUGACCAGACAUGAAACUAUCCUCGGCUUAGGGAAACAGACAGGAUCAUGUCCCAAUCAGCAAUGUGGACCGACGAUGUCGAUGCAGACCCGGACUCGGACCUCUCCUCGAGCGAGUGUAACGUCGACUACAGGAACGACAGGGAACAGGUCCACGUCUACCACGCCUACGCCCCUCAGAUGCCAAUUCAGUCACGGACGUUUCUUGCCGCACCCCACUCCACGAAUUCCAUACUAUCAAGAUCGGCCUCCAUAGGCCAUGCUCAUACAACUGAUGGCCAUGCCACCCCCCAACCGAUUCCGAACUUUUCUCACCGACUCUCCCGGAUCCCAUACCAUCACCACCAUGUUCCUGAGCUGUUGACCAGUCGAGACGACCUGAGCGUCACCGCCAGUCCUUCAACACCCUCACCCAUCACGCCUACUUGUAAUGGGUUUCAGUUCGACGACAUUUUCCACCCCUUGUCGACCCCUUACCGUUCUCGCCUCGGUUCAACCACGUCCAGCUACGGACAGAGGACACCUAGUUUGCGGCCAGUAUCGAACAUGUCGAAUCGCUUUCCCGACGCCGAUGCGGUCUCUAUCACAAAUAGUUCAAAUAUAGGAACAGCCGAUACAGUAUCCAGUCUAUCCAGCUUCGAAACCCCGAAAGUCCAACCCGGUAGCGCACAUAUGCGGUCGAUAUCCAUUGGCGGGCCAAUGUUGAAGAUGGACGGGUCGCCGGAGAAGCAGUCACUGUCGUCAACCACUAGCGGGUCAUCAGAGGAGAGGAACCGAAACGCGAAGAAUGCAUCGCGUCGGAUGGGCGGGUUACUGGCUCGCAUCUGGCCUGGAUCAUCGUCGAGCGAGAGGAGGAAUGCGUCAGCGGACCACAAGCGGUCCCUAACAUCACACAAGCUAGAACGACCGAAGCUCGAGAAUGUCCCAUUACCAGGCGCCGAACCAUUUGGACCAUCAUCAUUAUCAUCGUACACCAGCAGAUCGGAAUACGGGCCGCCGUCACCGUCGCACUCGCUUGAUGUCCAGAGGCGGGGAAGCUCAGCAGGGGAAGAUGGCGGUGCUGCGUUUGGCGUCGACUUGAAAGAAAGUAUUAGGAUUGCACCUUCAAAGAUUCGAAUAUCCCACCGAGGGAAGAGUACCUCCUACCGCUUGUUUCCUUUGUCAGUGUACAAAUGCUGCGAAUUUAUACGAAACUCGGGUUGCACCGACCCAUCGCUCUUCGCAUCUACGGGCAACUCGCACAACGUUGCCCACCUCAAAAACGUGUUCAACACCGGCCCAUCCUACGGCGACGAAUUUGAUUUCAACUCCCUAGGUCCCGAAGGCGACCCCUACACGCCCUACGACGCAGCCCGCUUGAUCCUCAUCUAUCUUCGCGAGCUACCCAAACCGGUCGUUUCGCAGUCCGUACUGAAAAGCUGGAUCAUGCUCGCCCGACAAGAAGGGGCAAUAGAACCUGCCGCUUCCAAGCUAGAAGACAUGGGCUUUGAUUUCUGGACAGAAGCACUAAACCGGCUCUCGCUCCACAACCGAAACCUCGUCAAACACCUCCUCGACCUCUUCGCCGAGAUGUUACUACGAAGCCGAGCAACAGCCAACAUGCUCGCCGAAGCACAAGCAGCACACGGGAAAAGAAAAGGCGUGCUGGGGGGACAGGGACAACAAGGUCAGGGGCAGGGGGUGGUGCACGAAGUAGACGCGCGCCGGCUGGCUUCCGAGCUGUCGAGCAGUAUGUUUCACACGGAUAAUAUGAAUCUGGGGAAGAAGACGGCGGCACAUCCUACGCUGGCGCUGGCGUUUUUGAUCAAGAAGAGGGGGGAUUAUGCGGCGAGUAUUGGGAAGGCGGCGACGGCACCUGGACGGGCAAGGAGAGAAUCGGAGCUGUUUUUGCCGAGCACGAGGGAGAUUAUGGAGUGGAAGGGGGGGCAGAGUUAUUCGUGAUGAUAAGACACUGGAAACUCGAGACUGCAUGGGGUUUGGAACAGAUGGUGGGCGCCAACGGUUCGACAUUUUAUAUGUUUAGAUGAGGAGGAACAUGCGCAUCG